UCAUUGAAGCGAUCGUUCCAAAUCUCACGGACUACUUAUCUAUGUCGUCUUUUCGACGUUUUGAGGAGACGUAGGUUUGCGAUGGCCCUGAGUCUUUGUUGGCAGCCGAUACUCGUACCUCGUACCUUGUACCUCGUACCUUGUACCUCGCACCGACUUGUUGAGUGAGUGGAAGCAGCAGGGGUGGUUUCGAGGCAGAGAUGAGAAAUGGUUGUUAACCAGUAAUGCUGCUCAAAACUGUUGGUCCGGGCAGGAUCAACAUCCAUCCAUCCACUGUGAGAUGUUCAAUCUCAGCAACAAUCGAGCCAUCGGGAAGGGACGGCAGUUGCAUUUCCCUCCAUUAUUUCCGUUUGCUCUUGGUUGUGUAUGCGUGCACGAUCAUCUGCUUCUUGGGCCUCUUGGUUGCCGCCGCUUCGGCCAUUCCAGCUGGACCUUCCUAUCACCAAGACCCGUACAAGAUUCCUCCCCGACCUUUCCAUUACGCAUAUGGCGUUUCCGACAAAUAUUCGGGCACCAAUUUCGAUAAGAAAGAAUCGCAAGACGAGCAAGGCAAUGUGAAUGGUGAAUAUCGCGUGGCCUUGCCCGAUGGCCGCACCCAAAUUGUGUCUUACCAUGCCAACCACCAUGAUGGCUUCAUCGCUGACGUCAAAUUCGAGGGCUACCCGCAACACCCCGCCCCUCAAAAGAACUCCUAUAAACCCAAGCCCUACGCCUUCUGAGCGAAUCCUCAAUUUCAUUGGGCGCCAUCUACCAAAUAUUUCAUACAGUAUUUAAGCCGCUUAUAAACAGUCAAAUAUAUAUCUUACACACACGU